AUGGGUUUAAUGGAUAAACUUCAAGCAAAGCUCGAGCUUUACCGCCUCGAACAGCGCUACGCCCGCCGCAAGCAUCGCAGCACCUUUUCCACCGGUGCCCAGUACGUCGACGGCGAGUAUGUCUACUCCAACGGCACCAACUCGCCCACCGGAAGCACCGUCUCGAAACACUCAACGGGAAGCUGGCGACCAUCGGGAUGGGGAUCGAAUGACUUGCGGCGGUGA